AUGAGUUACUUCCGCCCCAUGUCAAUGCUGCGCUCAGCGGCACUGCGUCCUGCAACGCUCUCGGCGGCUCCUCGAGCUCGCGUACAGGUCCGCUUUGCAACUCAAGACUACGGCUCUGGCCAAGGAAACCCAGUUGGAGAAGCACCUCAGAAGCAGGGCGAGAAUCCCAGCGAGAACCUUGAGCAUCCUGGUCCCGAGCCUCCAAGUGUUGCCAAAGGCAAGUCUUCGUCGUCGCCAAACAAGGACAGCAACGCGGGCCAAAACGACUCUCCCCAGCCUACCUCACAGUCUCCAGCUCCAUCCUCGAACAAGGGAUCUUCAGGCCAGCGCCAGUUCUCGACAUGGUCACGCCGGAUGCAGGACAGCAAGGAGCCAGCCGUUAAGCAGGGUCAGCAAAACGAGCCCGACGCCAGCGAAGUCAAAGGUGCGAAACCCAAGAUACUAAACGAAAACCCUCCUGCGGCUGGAAAUGAGAGCGAGGAGGUCAGGAAGCACAACGAGGACAUGGGUAACCGGGCGGAGCAGGCGCAUGAGCGGGUCAGCAACGAGGAGGCUGAAAAGGACAAGGUGCCUGUUAGCUUCUGGAAAGGUGAAGGUGGACGCGGCGAUUCUGAGGGCGUCCGGGGGUAA